UGAUGAUCACACUCCUCCGUGUGACUGCUAGUAUGGUCGUACUUAUAGGAAUACCCUCUGUUUUAUCCCCAGAAUUGCUGUAUGCUCUUGCUAAAAUGGGCCACGGGGACGAGCUGGUUCUUGCAGAUGCAAAUUUUCCAGCAUCUUCCAUUUGUACUUGUGGCCCAAAAGAGAUAAGAGCUGAUGGCUUAGGAAUCCCACAGCUUUUGGAUGCCAUUUUAAAGCUGUUGCCCCUGGAUACCUAUGUCCCCUCUCCGGCCGCAGUCAUGGAUCUGGUAGACAGUGACAAACAGAGAUGUUUAGCUGUCCCUGUGUGGGGCACCUACACCGUUCUCCUGGAACAGGCUGGGUCUCAUGCUCCUCUUGAGAAGGUGGAAAGGUUUGCUUUCUAUGAACGAGCCAAGAAAGCCUACGCAAUUGUGGCAACAGGGGAGACUGCUCUAUAUGGUAACCUCAUACUGAAGAAGGGGGUCAUUCCUGCUGAGCUGCUACAGUGACACACAAACACACAUUUAACAUAAUGAUAAUCUCAGAUAUGCAAGUAUUUGCUCACUUUAAAAAAAAGUUUUUUUCCCUGAUUUCUGUCACAGCUGUCAUUCCAGUGAAAAUCAAGAGAACAUGGUCAUUUUUGCAUAUUUUCACUUGUCACUUUGUGCGUCUCCACUAAAAGAUGUGAAUUAAAAACAUAAUUUUUGUUAGUGUGUGAUUAAUACUGUAAAUAUUGUUUCAAGUACA